CCAUAGGCAGAUAGCAAAGAGAGAGUGCGAGAGGAGAGGAGAGGAGAGGAGGAAGGCAGGAAUACAGAGACGCCGAGUAGGAGGGGGGGACGGGGGAGGCUGAGAGGGAAAGAGAGGGAGGGAAGCAGGGAGGAAGGAACAGAAAGUUUAUGUACAUAAACCCUUUUUCUAAAAGCAUUGUUGCACCUAGUAGCUAGCUUUACUGACACAGAAAUGAGAGGUCUGUUCAGUGCUUAAAUAUCCGAGGAACAAUGGGAUAGUGCAGGAAAGUUAACAAUUAACAGUCUCAGCUUAAAUUUUGUAACUGCAGGGAACUGGAAAAACAGCUGCCUCUCUCUUCAGCAAAAUCAGGUCUCCUGGUUAAGAGAAGAAUUUUUGUUAACAUCUAAAUUUCUGAAAAAUAAGCAGCUUGCAGUUGAAUGAAUACCGUGCAGUUAUGGUUUUAACCAGCCUGCUCAUACUUAACUAUCUCUGCUUAUUUUAAAUAGAGCAGCUGUGAAAGGGGUAAUGAGGCUUUUGAAAUGCCUUUUGCUUUACUCUUUUAAAUGAGGGUACAGAGCAAUAAAGCCAGCUGAAGGUACCCGGCUGAGGAGAAGCAGCGAGGAAGAUGGGUCUGCUAAGUGUGGAUUUGUUGAUCACGCUUCAGAUCUUGCCGGUGUUUUUCUCCAAUUGCCUCUUUCUCGCGCUCUAUGACUCUGUGAUCCUCCUGAAGCACAUGGUGCUGUUCCUGAGCCGCUCCAAGUCCGGGCGCGGUGAGUGGCGGAGGAUGCUGACCUCGGAGGGGCUGCGCUGCGUCUGGAACAGCUUCCUCCUGGACGCCUACAAGCAGGUCAAACUGGGAGGAGAAGCCCCAAACUCCAGUGUAAUCCACAUAGCCAAGGGCGGUGACAACAGCAGUGGCAGCUGGAAGAAUGUUGGUGGCAAGUGUGGAACCAAAUGCCAUCUUCUGGACUUUGCCAACUCAGAGCGGCCACUGGUGGUCAACUUUGGCUCAGCUACCUGACCCCCGUUCACAAGCCAGCUGUCAGCCUUCAGCAAGCUGGUGGAGGAGUUCUCUGGUGUGGCUGACUUUCUGUUGGUCUACAUCGAUGAAGCUCACCCAUCAGAUGGCUGGGCUGCACCUGGAAUCUCUCCCUCUUCAUUCGAAGUUAAGAAACACAAAAGCCAGGAAGAGAGAUGUGCAGCUGCUCACCAGCUCCUAGAGCACUUUUCCUUGCCACCUCAGUGCCAAGUGGUGGCUGACUGUAUGGACAACAACGCCAAUGUGGCCUACGGGGUUUCAUUUGAGCGAGUAUGCAUUGUGCAGAGACAAAAAAUUGCCUACCUGGGGGGCAAAGGCCCCUUUUUCUACAACCUUCAAGAGGUCCGGCUUUGGCUGGAGCAAAACUCCAGCAAAAGAUGAAAUCCAUUCUCCACAGGAAUUAGGUCAACUGGUGUGUCCCUUUAAGGUGAUGCAAAAGGGAAAAAAAAAAGAAAACUUGCUAGUUUGAAUGAAAUCUUUCAGAUGAUUGCAGGAGAACACAUUUGAUAGCAAUGUCAAGUGAAUGUUAACUAGGAAAAGAAAAUAAAACAAAAAUCUAGCUCCACAGAAACAUUGUCAAGUGAAAAAUAAUUGCACUCCUGCUCUUGCUAUGGGACAGAAGAGGUGAACAGGCUUCUCCAAAAAGGUGCUGCUGGCAAGCAGGUAGGGUGGUUAGGUAAGACCUGUUUCCCAGAAGCCCCAGUCCUGGGGUGAGGCACAGAAAGCAUUUCUGCUUGGAAGGCAUUCCAUGGAAAGGCAAUGCUGUACAUUUCAUCAGAAACGCUUCUUUACCCCCUGUGGCCAAUGCAAGGAGCCGGAGAGGAGCAGGGGUUUUGCAAUUGCUUUGCAUACAAAUGCAGCGCAGUGCGGCGAUUUUCCUAUCUUGGUAGAACAUAUAUUGUUCAAAGACUGCAGGAGCCACAUGCAGACUGGCACAGGCAGACUGGCUGCUCAGAGCAAGAUGAACCUUUGUCUGCUGGUAUUUGUGCUCUCUGUGGACACCUCUGCACAGCAUAUUAUCUACGUAAUUCUACCUUACAUGUUUGUAUCCAGUGUGCAGGCCUGUGCCUGCUGAGAAAGGUGUUAAAAUCUAUGGAGUUGGACCAAAAAGACAAAGGUGAUCAAAUAAGCCCAUUACCAUCUGAAAACUGAAAUACCUGGAGUAAUUAUAACACAACACUGAGAAUCAUCUAGAGCAUGCAUCAUGAGACAAAACUCAGCUGAUGCCAACCAAACCUUUGGUUCUGAGAGCUGACAACACACAUUUAUCAAUGUUCUUUGGUUCUCAUCUCUGUUUCUUUACCCAUGUCCACCUCUUUCUGUCUAGCAAUAGGGUUAAGGUAAUUUCACUUUUAGCUUUAUAAAAAAUAACUUAUUUCUCUCUCUCUCUUUUUUUUUUUUUUUUUUUUAAUGUGACCUUGCAGGUAUAUUUUGGGGACAGGAGAACUUAUGCACAAUUUUACCUCAUUGGAAUGGAAACCUAUCCUGUCAUUUACCCUGUUAAAUGUAGUCAUGCUGCCUUUUACUGUCUUAGAUACCUGAACCUUGUUUAUAUCUAUGUUAAUCUGAAAGUUAAGUUGUUUGCAGCCUUAGAAUUGGUUGGCUGCAGUUCUGCUAUUGGAUGAGCUGAUAGUCUGUUUUGCUCAUGUUCUUGAAAACCUUCCCAGAAGAGAAACAGGGAGGACAAACAGUUUGAAUUAAUGUAAGUGUAGAAGAUGGCAGAAUUUUCAUAUGAAUUCAUAUGAUUGUGUUGUCGAAAGAGAUACUGUGAACUUUGAGUACACAUUAAGUUUAGGUAUUUCUAAAACUAAAAUUAUUUAAUCAAACCUGAUGAAGAGGCAGAUUUACUAUGAGCUAACCUAUUAGAGCUGAUAAAUGAAAACCCAUAUGGAGAUGGACUAUCCAAGUUUUCUCUCAUCUUUGGCAGAAACAUGAAACAGAUUAACAGAAUAAGUGGCAAAAAUCAAAUUAGUUCUUAAUUUCUCAUCCUGCCCAGCAUCAGGAAAAUGAUGUGUUGAUGCUGAUAUAGGAAAGAAUGGAAAAUAUAUAAGUGUGUUAAUUUUCACAAUGCCCAUUAACAUUGUGUAUUUCCUCUAGCUUGGCUGUUGGUCAACUUAGCCAAUGUAGGAGGAAUUCGGAAAUGUGUUUUCAAGCACAGAUCUGAAAUAAUGACAGUAACAUGGGUAAUUUCUCCCGUACUCAUGUUCAUGCUUCCCAUUCUUCUCACAUUUUCCUCCGCACAGCUAGACAUAGAUACACAUGCACUUACAUAGCUGGUAAUGUGCAUUGGAGAAGGGUGUAAAGCAUAGUUGUCAAAUCUAGUGAGCCCCACUUCUCGGAAGGCCUGUGUCUCUCCGUGUGUGCAUUUAUAUAUGCAGCCACAUGUAUAUAACACAUUUUUAUGUAUGUGUAUAUAUGUGUGUGUGCACAUAAAAAUGAUGUCUAAGACCACUAAUAAUCAUUAUCCUGUCCUACCGUUCAUUAAUGUUACUGUAAAUCAUUGCUCAAUGCAAAAGACUGUUACAGAUCCUCAUGACUAAUUGGGAUAUAUAACUGAAUUUUAAAAACUUGUUAUCAUAGAAACAGUAACAUAGCCAAACUACAUGGUUUAUUUAAUCCAGUGUCUUACCUCUGACUGUAUCAGAUGCUUCAGGGGAAGGUGCAAUAAUUUUUAACUUAGAGAAUUUUUAUUAGGUUCAGCCCAUAUUGUUUUGUCCUCGUCUGAAGUGACUGUUGAUGUCUCAUCACCCCUCAUGAGAGGCUGUUUCUGGGUAUUAAGAUUUAAAUAUUUUGUGAGGUGGAGAUUGAUAAAAUAAAAAAAAAAUGCCUUAUACGUUCAAAGAAAACCAAAUGAAAACAGAUUUUUUUCUUUCAUAUUUAAAUAGGCUGCUUUUCGAUGUCAUUCUCAUCUCUUGCUGUUAUAUGCUAAACCACUAAACAUAAGCGAUCCCAAUUUUUCUUCUGUACAUCGGUCAUUAUAUAAUCUACAUAGAAAUUUGCAUACUUUUUGUUUGCUUAAGAAAAACAAUAACUCAUAUUCUUAUACAGAUUCAUACUCUUUCCUUGUCUCUGAAUCUCUUCUGGUUUUGCUACAUUGUCCUUUUACUCAGGUGAGUAAAGAUGUAGACAUUAAUCCAAGUGAAAAUCUGUAUUGACAUACCCAGCACAGCAUCUUUUCCUUAUUAUAUCCUAUUCUUCAGUCAGCUGAAACUUUUCUAAUGCACAGCACCUCCAUAGCCAUUGUAAAACUUAAACUAGUAAGUCUUUUCUUCUUUUCCUCAUUAUACUGUUGAAGUCUGAACUGUUUAUAUGGGAAAUGCUAGCCAAAUGUUUAACACAGCUGUUGAAACAUACAUUUAGUUCAGAGGAAAGAGUCGAAAUUAGUAAUUCAGUUUGUUAAUACCCAUUUGCGUAUCUAAAGUUACAAUUAUUUUUCAAGUCCAUUCUCUCCUUUUUCCAUUAUUUUGUUUUGUAAUUCAUAGAUGCCUCUUCAUCACGUAGUAUACAGGAAUUAUAAAAUUGGCUUCUGUAAAUGGGAAAAACACAUUGAUUUUCCACAAACAAAAAUAAACAAUAACUUCAUUUUUUAUUGGUAACAAGUAUGACUGUCCUGCCUAAAAUUUAAAGAUAUUUCAGCCUCACUGAUUAUCAAGGCAGAAAUACAUUUUGCAAAAUCUUGGCUUUCCCCAGAAUCUUCUGGUCAGAAAGCAGGGCUUUCUUCAAAGUGAAAAGGGCAUAAAGGAAAAAAAUGGAAAGGUAUUUUCUAGGAGGCUGACAGAACCCUAAUGCCUUAUUUUAUUUUAUUUUUUUUUACAAAAUUAAAACAUUGUAUUAAAAAGGUUUAAAUGAAACGUCAUCCCCAAUUGAUAAUAAAAGUGUCCUUAUGUCACAUACCCAAAAAUAUUUUAACAGUUGCUUUGGGUCCAGGUAGAGGUUUUACUACUUUGCUACCUUGUCUAGUCUGCUGUGAGACUGGAUUUGCUUCUGUCUGAUUCUCACUCUGUCAGGGCACUAUACCAUAUUACUUGAGGUGCUCCAGUGUGACAUACAUGUUGAGCAACAGCUCUGAAAGCAUUCUGGAAGGCUACUGUAUAUAAUAGAGACCCCAAUACUGUGUCUCAACAUUAGUAUGGGAAACUUCCAGCAUUUUUCAUUUUGAGUAACGUAAAGCAAUUCUGGGCUAUAAUUCUACAUUGUUCUGUGCUUAGCAUCUGUAUUUAGCACUGUAUAAAAGGAAUGUAAAACAUUUUGUGCAGAUGAGGAACUACAGCAUUUUGCUCUUUCCUUGUGUAGACAAUGACAUAAAUUUAAGGCAGCAGGAAAACAUGCCCCGUCUAUUAAAAAUAAGAAAAUAUAUAUGAAAUAUGUUGUUGAACAUCUUUCUGAACACUCUGAAAAACAAAAUGCAGUGAUUUUUAGGAAGGUGAUCUUGGUGGGGAAACCUACAAUAAUUCUCAAAAAGGUAUUUGUGCUAUGCAUCCAGGUGUGUGCGGAGGGAAGUUAUGUUUCUGCAUGUGUAAAAGUGGCUUUUCUGUGAUGUGGAGUAUAGAUUUAAGAGUUUUUAAGACUUUCAUUCAGUACUAUAACCAAAGCAAUAAGAGGAGUCAGGUAGGGAAUAUUGGCCAGUUUUGUACAACUCGACACCAUGUCUGUGACAAAUCCAUAAUCAGCUGGGCCCAACUUGGAGUCUUCAGCGAAGAGGGAUUGGGGUGAGACAGGGGCGGCUUGUGUGCUCAUGAAGAUGGCUAACAAAAGAGUGAUUAACUCAGUUAGCUUUCAGAUGCCCUCACACUGGCUUUGCCCUGUGCACCUCAGUGUGGCUGUAUUUGAAAGAGGAGUCUCUUUGGGUCUGUCAAUAAGAUCGCCGUGGUGUAGGUGCCUGUGUGUACUAUGUGUGUGUCAUUGUUUAAAUGUCAGAAAUACACUGCAGGAGAGCCAGCAAAAUUUUGUUACAAUAUGGUGCUCCAUGAAAUGUGCUUUCUAGAUUUGUUUUUCUUGUAUUAUAAUAAAUGAUAAUGGAAAAUA